AUGUCAGUUCUCCUGGUUCUACUGUACACUGUCUGUCUACUCUUGUUGACAAUGUACUUGCGGUUCAGAUGGCAGUACAGACAUGUUCUCGCCAUCGCUACCAAACUACCGUGUCCUCCCACCCUGCCCAUCAUCGGCAACGCACUCCUCUUCUUUGGUGACAUCACUGAUGUGACUAAAAAUCUACUAAAAAUAAGUUCGGAUUCCGACGGCAUAUUCUGCUUUUGGAUAGGCCCACUUCCUAUUUUCGUAGUAGUAGAUCCAUCGGAUAUCCAAGUUAUUUUGAACAGCUCCAGUAUGCUAGAGAAAGAUAAUCUCUACUCCCUGCUGAAAGUGUGUUUGGGCAAUAAUAUUCUUUCAUCUCCAGUUUACAUAUGGAAGAAGUACCGGAGGCUGAUGAACCCCGUGAUGCAUCCUUCUAAUGUGGAGAACUUCUUUCCGGUCUUCAACGAAGUCGGUAGGAAGUUAACAGAACAGUUAUCGGUCAGCUCCCCACCUUCAGGUCGUACUGAUGAGAUUUUCGAAAUGGCUGUGACUGCUAGCACAAAUGAUCAUUGA